CUUCUUCUGUAAAGUCUGUACAUUCAACCUUCUUUGACCAUCAUGUCUUUCCCCAUUGCUGCCACUGCAAUCGUAACCGACGCUCCCAACGAGUCCAAUGUAUCUUGGCGUAUAGAUAAAGUGCAAAUACGAGAGCCAGGCGAAGAUGAGCUGCUGGUCAGGAUCAUUGCCUCCGGAAUAUGUCACUCGGAUGUCGCCAACUCUUUAACUCAAGAAGGCACCCCAGGAUUACUACCUUUUCCCAAGGUUUUGGGCCACGAGGGUGCAGGUAUCGUCGAGCAGGUUGGAAACAAGAUCAGCCAUGUCAAAAAAGGCGAUAAGGUGCUGCUGAGUUUCGACUACUGCGGCAAUGAAGAUUGUCGCGCUUGUGAGGACAAUACACCUGGAUACUGCGAUCAGUUCCAUGUCAAAAACCUUUUCAGUGUACCUGAUGUCUACCAGGUCGAUGGCAAGUCCGCUGGCGGGCUGUUCUUCGGGCAAUCGAGCUUUUCUAGCCUUGCGUUGGUGAAAGGAACAUCCGUCGUGAACGUCGAGCAGCUGGUCAAGGAUGAGGAGGAGCUGAAGCUGUUUGCUCCCAUGGGCUGUGGCUACCAGACAGGUGCUGCUUCUGUGACUGAGCUUGCAGACGUGGGAAAGAAGGAUGCAGUCGUCGUAUUUGGUCUUGGCGGUGUAGGCAUGUCUGCGAUUAUGGCCUCAAGCGUUCGUGACGCACACACAAUCAUUGGCGUUGAUCGAGUGCAAUCACGUCUCGACCUGGCCAAGGAGUUAGGUGCAACGCACGUCAUUGACACAUCCAACUUCAAAGAUGUAGCAAUAGAGCUUCCUGCAGCUAUUAGGAAAAUAGCGCCGAAGGGCGCGAACACUGUGUUUGACACAACAGCGAUAGUGGCGUUGAUUGCGGCCUCGAUGCCGGCGCUGCAUGCCAAAGGCCAAAUCAUUCUGAUUGGCAAUGUGAACGGCAAGAGGCUUGAUCUUGAUCUCGGCCUUGUGCUCAACUCCGAUGAUUUCGAGACGGCUCUGACCGAUAUGCGCGCCGGGACCACGAUCAAGCCCAUUCUACUUUGGUGA